UGAUAUACUUCUGAUGAUACUGUGUGUUUAUCCUUUCUUUGGUUCAUUGCUAUAUCUGCAAUAUCCUGAAAUCGAGACAGAAGCGUUUGUGUAGCACCGUCUAUGGAAGCAUUGAGAGUAUUUGUAUGUUCAGUGAGUCGUCUUUGGAAGCUUUCUGUAGACAUAUUGAACCGAGAAGGAUCUUUUGGAUGUAUUGGAUGAAAAAAACGCAAUUUGAGAAUGAAGCUUCUUUCACUUCAUAUAAGACCAAAAUUUGGCUACGAAUGUUAAUAGAGCCUUUUAAAUUGAAGAGUAUUUAUAAAAAAAUUUGAAGGAUGAGGCAAAUUGAACUGCAAAAGCUCGACUCUUUUGGAAACGUUAAAUAUGGGUUUCUCUUGCCGUACAACUUCAGCAUACGAAUUUCUUAAAGCUAUCAAUUAGGCAGUUCUAUCCAAUUUCUCUUUCUGGAUGUUUAUUUUUUUAAUUAAAAAGAUUUAAUUAUCACAUAAAACAAGGUCUACGAACUUUUAUUUUUGAUUCGUUACAAUAUGUCACAGUCAGGCUUUCAUUAUGGGCUGAAUAUAAUGAAAAAACCCAGUCAGGAAAACAAAAACGCUAGAAUAAAUUUUUUAGAUGAGGCAGAAGAUUCAUCUGAAGAAGAGGCUACGCAGCCCUCUAGCAUUCAGGCUGUUCAAUCAAUACCAGUAGAGGAGCCUGUGUGGAAAGAAACUACGGAGAACGAUGCUUCUGUUUACGGUUACGAUGAAUAUUAUGAUUCUAUGAAGAGUGCUGAGCGAGAACAACAGGAAUUGAGGCGACAGGAAGCUCAAGAGCGACGCCCAAAGUAUAUGGAAAAACUCAUAGAGUCUGCUAAAACCAGAAAAAGAGAUAUACUAAUUGCUCGUGAGCGAGCACUGCAAAAACAACGAGAGUUAGAAGGUGAUGAUGGGGCUGAAAAAUUUGUUACCAGCAGUUAUAAGUCGCAUCGUGAAGAAGUGGAAAGAGAAGUUGAGGAUAAAAAAAGGGAGGAAGAAGAACUGGAGGCUCAAAAUUCCCGUGGUGGUGGUAUGAAAGACUUUUAUGCUACUAUGCUCGAACGACAAGAGAAGGAGCAUGAAAAAGCGAUGCAAAGCACCAUUGCAAAACCGAUUAGCCAACAACGUAAUGAUAAUGAAGAGAAAGCCGGCGAGAAGGCUUUCCAUGAAAGUUAUAAAGCAAAUGAAUCCCUCGAAUUAAACGAUAAUAACGAGCUUAUUGAUCAAAAACAAGUACUUUCAGCGGGCUUGAAUGUCCCAAAACCUCCUUCUACGAAAUCGUCUUUGCCAGCUUCUCGUCCUCCUUCGAAUGGUUCACGCCGAGAACAAGGUGAAACGAAAAGGGGCAGGUAUAAUCACAGAGGGUCUAAGGAUAUCUAUUCUCUGGAGCAAGUGGAAGAACAAAAACGAAAAUAUGAAGAGGAACAGAGGAUAAAGAAGGCAAAAGAAGAAGAAAAGAAAAGAGAAAUUGCACUGAAAACUCAUACGCCGAAGACAACAACACAAGAGCAAGUCUUGUCUGCUCGGGAACGAUAUCUGAAAAGAAAACGCGAAGCUGCAAAUUCAGAAGGCGAUUCGUAAAGACCGGGAUAUUUCUUUUUGUAAUAAAAAAUUGUCUAUUUUUAGUUUAUGAACUACUAAACUCCUGUGUUGUUUAAUGAUUUCUAUACAGGAUUUACGAGUUCGCCUGGAAAAUAAAAAAAAAAAAACGAAAAAAAAAAAUCUGAUCAUCUAUGGGCAGUAUAUAUUUCAAGGAAAGAAAAAGGCUCUUACUUAAGUAUAAUUUAUUACGAAUAAUAAAAGCAAAGGGACACAUAGCAUUAAAAAAAAAAGGUCAUAAUUCAUAUAGAUAUGUAGUCAAUUGCACACCGAAGAGUCAAAAGACAGCUUCAUAAAGAAGGAAUAAGUGAAAAAAGAAUACAAUCAAUGGUACCUAUAUCAGAGA